AUGAGUUUAUCAUUUUCUUCAUUUGGAAAAAUUCUUGAAAAAACCAAACCAAUCGCAGUUGAUGAAGUUAUAAAUCUCAAUGGACACAUUCUACCCACUAUUUAAAAGGAUAAAAAGUAAGAAAAUUGAGAUGAUAAAGCAAGCUAUAAAUGUUCUCUCUGUUAAGAAAAUUUGAAGGGAAACAAGUAAACGAAUCGUUUCCAUUUAAUUCUGUCUCCAGAAGAGCUAAACCAGCUCUGUGUUGUUUAAUGCCUGAGAAAUCAUACGAAGCAAAAUACACCCCCAAAUUUGAUGUAGUAUAGUAUAAGUCUCCUUCUUUUGAUUUUGGUUAAAGAUCUAAAAGCUAAAUCAGAACAAGGUCUAUCUCAAUUUGUAGUCAAGAUUACUAUAUUGAUCAAUACACAUCUUUUAGAACAAUAACAAAACCAUCAAAAGGGUAAACUGAAAAGAAAAGCACAAGCUCUCAAAUAAGAGAAGAAUGUCCCAAAUUAUAACAUUACUUAAAAGUAUAACUUGCAAAGAAUAAGAGAAGUAAAACUAAUAAUUGCUCUCCUGAUUUCAACAAAUACACAGAUCGGAAAUGUACUUAGAGAGAGUUUUUGCAAUAAUAUGAUUUACUAGGUGUAAAUUAUGCAAGAAUAGUAAAAUUUAUAUAAAAUAAUGAAAGAACAAAAGACUCGAUGUGGGGUAUGUUUAGUUUGGUAAAUUUACUGAUAAGGUUGUCAUGAAGCAAGACAGAGCCGAAACGCCUCCAUCAGUUCGUUUGGAUUAUGACUUUGAUAAGCCAAGAUAAGUCAGGAACAUUUAUUUAAGCAAUAACAAACCAACACAACCGAAACUAAAGCCUAAGUUACUACUACCAUAAAUUAAUGAUUCUCGGUAAAGAUAUGUAAAAAGAACACAAGAGUUAAUUUCAUGGUCGAAUUAAUGA